UGAAGAUCACAGCCAAGCAGCACAUGGUGGUGUUUUGAUUUCAGACAGCAAGAGACAAAUAAUGAAUUCAGCAUCCACACCUGAAAGUGGCUAUCUUGAUUUGCUGCACAGUGAUGUUGAUCCAUUCCAUCUAUACACUCUCUUUGAUCUUAAGUCGUCUGGAAAUGAGGAAAGUGACUUCCCUGCAGACCCUGAAGUUGAUGCCAGCAACUGUGAUCAGUUCAAUAAUAUGGAUUUCCUGUGUACAAUGGAAAAUGGUGAAAAUGGGGAUGAAUCAUAUCUCUGUUCCAAUACUGUAGAAGCUUAUGCUAGAAUAGCUGAAUUAGCAGAAUAUGUGCUCAAAGAUCAUCAGGAGAAGCAGGUGGAAGAUGCUUUCGCAGGAAAUCUUAUUCUGGAUGAAAUGGCUGCUGAAAACACUGAGAAAUUUACUGACACAAAGAUGCAGAACUGUCAGAAACGAACCUUCUUAGCCUCUGCAGAGAGUUGCUCUGGUGCUUCAGAACCCAAAUACAGAAAAACUGUGGAAGUCCCUGAAGUGUCUGCAGGAAAUGGCAGUUUCUUAGCUAUGCCUCUCAGUAGCCAUACAACUAGCUCCACCUCACUUACUAGCCACCACAUGUCCUUUUUCGCUCCUGCUACUAAAGCACUGGAAAGAAGUUUUGUAUUUCCUGGUAUGUAUGUACCUAUAAUUCCAGACUGUCUACUUGUUGGCAUGAAAGGGAACCAAGAGAAUACAAGUUUUGCAGGUCCUCCUCAGCAGAUACUGAACAUGGUUCUUGGAAAUGGCACAUCUGAUGUUAUAAUAUAUCCAGUGCUGACGUCCACGAAAACACUGAUAUCCCCAAGUUUUCCAGUUAGUUUAUAUGGUUUAGACCUGUUCAAAGAAGUCCGAGCUCCUGCUCCUGUAAUUUCUCUUGAAGUACCCUUCAAAAAACCGAAGCCAGUGGAAGCUUUCUGUACAUCACUUAUGGAUUACUUCCGAGAUGUGUGCAAAUCUGUGGCCAUGGAGCAUGAAGUAACUCUUAAUCAUCUGUUCAUUGAUGGAACACUUGUUCAAAGCCAAACUGAAACCAAGACUGGGAAGAAUAGUGUAAAAGCAAUGGAAAAGGAUCUGGUAACUUGUAGUUUGCAAGGGAAGGAAAGGGCAGUCCUUAAAAGAAGCCAACUAUUUCAAAUCCCAGGAGGUAAAGACUUAGACACUGAAGUGAUUGUGGUGCUGGGAAAAGCAGGAAUGGGCAAAAGCAUUCUUAUUCAGAAGAUCUGCCAGGACUGGUCCAAUGGAGAGUUUUCUCAAUUUAAAUUUGUAUUUUGGUUUGACUGCAAACAACUAAGCUUGCCUGAGAAGCUAUACAGCCUAAAGGAUCUCCUUCUUGGUUUUUUUGUAAAACCUCAAGAGGGAAGCAAAGAGAUCUUUGAGUAUAUAUUGCAAAAUCCUGAUAAAGUCCUUCUGGUUUUUGAUGGCUUUGAAGAGUUACAUGAUCAUGAGAUUUUUUCUCGUUGCUCAGGCAGCCAGCCUGAAAAAGACUUCUGCAGUAUAAAGGAGCUGCUUUCAGGACUCAUCCAAAAAAAGAUACUUCGUGGCUGUACUUUAUUACUUACAGCAAGACCGAAAGACAAGGUGUACCAAUGUGUGUCCAAAGUGGAUAAGACUAUUGAAAUAGUGGGGUUUUCCCCUCAGCAGAGAGAACUGUUCAUAACCAAAUACUUCCAAGGCUUGCCCUACAGCAGUAAAGCACUGAAAUUAAUCAAAGAAUCUGAGUACUUGUUCAGUCAUUGUUACAGCCCUGUUAUGUGUAGAUUUGUUUGUUUGCUCUGUGAGAAAGUACUUGAAAUGGGAAACCAAAGCCUUCCUUCAACUCUUACUACAGUCUUCCUGAAGUUUGUUCAGCAAAAGAUCAUACCUGUGCAAACAGAUGUUACAGCUGCGCAAAAUCAAGAGAGUCUAGCUGCACUAGCCCGUGUAGCCUGGGAUCUGGAAGAAAAGCACCAAAGUGUCAUGAAAACUGAUCUUCCUUCUAAGGAAGUUAAAGAGUUUGCUCUGAAAUAUGGAUUUUUCCUGCCAUUUACCUUUCCCCAGCGUUCUAAUAGUGAAGAAGAGGAAUUCGGGAGCACAUUCUCUGAUUUUGUCAUUCAGAAUUUCUUGGUUGCACUUCACAUUAUGUUAGCAGAAGACAUCAAAGAUGAAAGUAUAACAAAGUACCUUUCCUUUUCAUCCAAGAAGAAAAAAACUCAUAACUGUUUAGAUCUAGUGCCUCGAUUUUUGGCUGGGUUGUUGUUCCUCCAGGAUGACCCCAGCUUUUGCUCCUUCUCAAAAAAGGGUGUAAAACAUUCAACCAAGAAACAGAAAAUAUUCUUGAACUAUGCUAGAAGGCUGCAGAUCAACAGGCUCUGUCCAGAGAGUUUACUUGAGCUUUUACACUGUGUUUAUGAAACACAGAGCAAUUAUCUUUUGCAGCAUGUGGCCUUAAGGCUCAAGCCAGAGCUGUCUUUUUUGGGUGUAGUUCUUACCCCACCUGAUGUCCAUGUACUGCACUUUGUUUUGAAAAGCUCAAGAAAAGAGUUUUCCUUGGAUCUGCAAAACAGCAGCAUCGACAUGCAAGGGCUAAAAGACUUGGUUGGCCUAAAGAAUGUGGCAUCGUUCAGGGCCUCCCUCAGCGAUACAGUCAGGCUCUGGAACUCUUUAAAGCAGACAAAAGACUACGAAAUGCUGAGAGCAUCAACAGAGAAAUUUGUCCUUGAUCCCUUUAAGGCAAAGACAAUGAAGGACAUCAGUGACCUUUCAGAACUUGUAGAGAUGCAGGAGACAGUGAUCAACUGUGUGCAAGAUGCAUCUGGUUGCAGCAGCUAUGAAAUUCCUGCUAUCAAAAACCUCAGAAAACUAGAAUUUGCGCUAGGUCCAGUAUGUGGCCAUCAAGGAUUCCUAAAACUUGUGGAAAUCCUUGCAGCAUUUCCAUCACUUCAGCAUUUAGACCUUGAUGCACUCAGUGAAAAUGGCAUAGGAGAUGAGGGAGCAAAGAGUCUAUCAGAAGUCUUUCCAACCCUGACAUCACUGGAAACAUUAAACUUAUCACAGAACAAGAUAACAGAUGUGGGAGCAGAGAAACUAGCUACAGCUCUUCCUUCCUUGUCUUCAUUAAAGACACUAAGCUUAUACAAUAAUAGCAUUUGUGAUUUUGGAGCAGAAAAUCUUGCAAAAGUUCUCCCUGAGAUGGCAUCUUUAAGAGUGCUGGAUGUUCAGUAUAACAAAAUAACUGGUGUUGGAGCUCAGCAGCUGACUGACAGUUUACGAAAAUGUCCCCAUAUAAAGAACUUGGUGAUGUGGAAUCCCACCAUUCCUUAUGGCAUGCUUGAACACCUUCAGCAGCUGGAUUCUAGGAUCAGUGUGUAGAUUCAGAUGAUCCCAUAAAGGCAAUAUAAAGAAGAGGGGAAGGUGUCCUAUGUGUUUUCCUAUUUUAUUUAUGUUUAAUGAAUUGGUGUUUCAUUAGCAUGAGUGGCAAAAUGAACAAAAAAAUCAAUUUCAAUCCCAUUUAAGCUUCUGAGCAGUUCUCAAGGUGAAUGAAUGAUGGGGUUCACAUUUUUUAAAGGUAAUUUUAAAUGCUACUAAAGACCAACUUGUGUUUCUGCUAAUUAAUGAGCUGAGCAACAUCAAGUUUCUAAGGUAGAAAGAGCAACUGGAUAUUGUGGUGUAUCCUGGUCAUUGAAGGUGACCAGGAAUCACCAGGAUAUUGACAGUAGAAGAUUCUAUCAUCAAUUCAUCAAAGAGUAGACUGCAAGCUGCUGAACCUACAACAUCUGAAGUAGUGACAGACCAAAUCUAAUUGUUUCAUGGUGCCAGUGAUAACUGUGAUCAAAUUCAGUCUGAUGAUUGUGGACUUCCAGAGCUCAGUGUUAUUGAUGCCACCUGUCUGUCUGGACUGAUUUGAAGCAUUAGGGUCAGAAGCAUAAAUAAGAACGAUCAGUCUUGGAAAACAGAUAUUGUAAGAUUAUCCACAAAGAUCUAGAAGUGGCUCUUUUAUUGAUGCUAAUCACCACACCACUUAAGGGAUAGAAGAGUAUUUUCUGCCACUCUCUUGUUACAGAAUCUUGCAAAAGGAUUAUGGGGAAAAAAAAAAGCAACAAAGAGAAGAAUGGAAUUAAAACUACAUUUUUUAAAGGCUUUUUCUGAUAUCACAGAAAUCCAAUUGUGUAUAAAUAGUUUGUUUAUUGCACAAAAGUUUUCAAUGUAGCAAUCUUCAAAUUCUUCAAACUGUUACUCUGUUUCAAAUGAGAACUUUAAAUUCAUAUAUCUGGAUUGGGAUUUAGUUUCUCACUUGCAGGUGGCAGCACAAAGGCACAAGCAUCACUUCUAUACUUGACAAUGAAACCACUACAGUGUGUGUGUUCUGCGUGGCCUUCUUUUACAGUUAUGAAUGCCUGGGCAAUGACAGACAGUAACACAUUUCACAGUGUUACCAUGUGUCUGUGCUGCUGGUCUCAGUUAUACGUGGGCCAAAUACUGGUUUUGCUAAUUGCCAUUGCAAACCCCCUGUCUCUUUUCUGAUCUUUUGUUUGAGCUCUGUGGACAUGGAGAGUACAGAGACAAUUGUUAGGACUAGCACUCUGACUUCCUGUCCAGAGACAGUCUAGAGCGAAAAACCAAAAAGGUAAGGAAAAAGCUAGGAAUAUCUGAUAUGUCACAAAUUGGGAAGGGAGGUCUCUACUUCAUGGCUAGUUCAAGGUUAGUUCAACAACCUCCUUCAAGUCUUUUUUGCCAGAAAGCACUGACAAUACUGACCCAAGGAUCUAUGCAAACUAGAAUCUCUUAGCUAACCUCUCAAAUACUGUUACUUGAUUUGAAAAAAGACCCCAGUUCAAACACACAGUCUUUAUGUUCUUUCCAGCAAAUUAUACUCUUCUGCUAAAGUUUAAGUGCCUGCAAAAUCUUGACAAGCAGAGAUGAAGGGAUGACAAGUUAAAGAAAGAAGGAAAGAAAGAAGGUUUGAUUUGUUCUCUGUUAAACAACGGAGAGCAAGGAACCAGACAUAGUGCAUGAAAGAAAUAGCACAAGAGUUCAAGGUGGAAAAGUUCUAUGGAAAAUAUAACUAGAAAGGGGCAUUUCUCUUAACUCUCUGCAUAGUUCUUCUCUCUAGCCAAAUUCUAGCCACAGUCAUGGAAAAUAUCUUGCUUACACCCUCUUCUUUCUGCUACCUGAAUGGGAGGUAGUUUGAGGCCAGUCUUGAGUGAUAUUCGCAUCAGCCUGUGGCAUUGCAGCUGUGCAGAUCUAUGGUGAGCCCUUGUCUUUCUUAGCUUCCCUUAACUAAGCUUUGGAUGACAAACACCCCUUUAGGGAUAUAUUUUGUAGCUAUGCUUCAUUGUGACAGAAUCUGAGAAUGUGCUAAAUAUUACACAGACAGCUGCAUGUUACAGGACCCCAUCUGGAGUGAUAAAAUCAUGUUGGGCAUACUGCUGUUCUUCUUCUACGAGUUAGUGGGAUGUGUGCUUAUAAUGUACAGAUUGUAAAUUGUGUCAUACAGUGCUUUGGUUAUCUUUAUUAAUAUUUUUAAAGUAUUAAUAAAAUUGAGUAUUCCUUUUUACAGUA